GCCCAGUUGAUGGAAAAUACAUACUUGGAAUUACUUCUAGAGCUAGUCAUGUGUUUACUGAUAUGAUUCAAACGAUAUUGCUGAGAGAACAUAAUCAAAGAUGUGAUAAUUUAUAUCUACAAAAUGGUGAACAGUGGAAUGAUGAUAUGUAUUUCCAGGAAGCAAGAAGAUGGAUAAUCGCUCUAGUACAAAAAAUCACUUUUAAAGAAUAUUUUAGUGUUGUAGUCGGAGUCCCGUUAUUACCACCUACUGGAUAUAAUCCAAAUAUAACCCCCGGGGUUGAUACAUUUUUUUCAACCGUUACAAUGCGUUAUGGACAUUCUGAAGUUAGUAAUGAAUAUCCUAUUAUUGAUAAUAAUGGACAAGUGAUGGUAACAUUGACUUUGAAUGAUCUUUCAAGACCUGGUUUAUUGGAAAAUUUUGAUGUACCAACAUUGGCUUUGUCCAUCUCUUCACAAAGACAAGAACAAGUUGAUCCUUUCUACUCUGAUAUGAUGCGUAAUUAUAAAUUUACUAUUGAAUAUUCAAAUCUUGAUGGAACAAAUAAUAAUUUGAAUAAUCCAAAAGCUGGUUCAUUUGGUUCACCUUAUCUACGUGAAGUUCCCACUCAUAAAUCUUUUUUCUCAAUUCAAGAUUCAAUGAUACCUUCACCUGGAGACUAUAAUCCUCUUCCCGCUGGUACUACCAUUAAAUGUUCAGACCCUUUACCUUUUAAUAAUUAUCCUUUACCAAGAUGUAUAAGCGAUAUUCAUAAUGGUUAUCAAACUAAAGUUCAAGAUAAAUUUAAUUGGGAAAUUAUAAACUCGUUUAAGAGCAGUAGAAAAGUUUCUCAUAUGGCUACAUUUUGGGGACAAAUGGUAGGAUUUGAUAUAGCCAAUGCUAAAGCUGCAGGAGAAGCAUUCGCCAAUGGUAUUAUAAUUCCCAGUGACGACACAACUUACCUUUCUGAUCCAAUUACUGAUUAUUCCAUCAAUCAAACAUCAUUACCGUUCACCAGGUCCGAUCUUGUGAAUCGUCAAGGUGUAAAUG